CACGCGGUUUGUGUUGCAAAGUGAAGAGUGCAUAACAUCAGAGAGAGUUUGUGAAGGAUUACACAUUUUGAACAAACUUUCAUGAUAAGUGUACAAGGAAUUCUAUUGUUGGAUAUUUAAAAAUCUUGAAAUUGAAGAUUUUCCUUGAAAUAAUUUAUGAGGGAAAUUGACAUGAUUUUAUGUGACCAAUGAGUGUGUAAGAGAUUAUACAUGGAUUAGUGUACCUGGUGAUUCAGUCACACGAUUUGUCGGGUGAUUUAUACACACGAACAUUAGUAUUGUUAGGCGAGAUAAAGUUGAGAAGUUUCCAUAACUUAAUAGAUUAUAAGACAAUCAAAUAUAAUGACAACAAACUUCUGAUAUUUCUUUUUCUCCCAAAUUGUGCCGAUUUAGAUCUUUUUACAGUAAUAAUUUAAAUAGUCGACCAUGACAAAGUUGUGUGUCUUCCCCACAUUGUUUGUGGUGCUCUUGAUUGAUAUGACCAGCGUGAUUCUUACUUCAGCACAGGAUAGUCGGUGUGGAUUAAAGAAAGACAGAGGACCUUGUUAUGAAUUUGGAGCUAAGUGGUAUUAUGACUCUGUCCGGAAGGAUUGUUAUCAGUUUUGGUAUGGUGGAUGUGAUGGAAAUUCAAACCGAUUUGAAUCUCGAGAGGACUGCCAGACUGAAUGUUCAGGAUACACAGGGGCCGUUGGUGGGACAGAAGUCGUUGUUGAGCCCGAUAAGCCCAUUCUCGUUGGUGGAUGUGCAGGAACACGUUAUGGAUGUUGUGAGGACGGAUUAACAUCAGCUCUGGGAGAAAGCAGACAAGGCUGUCCUGAAAAUGAACCAGUUCUGGUUGGUGGAUGUGCAGGAACACGUUAUGGAUGUUGUGAGGAUGGAUUAACUUCAGCUCUGGGAGAAAGCAGACAAGGCUGUCCUGAAAAUGAACCAGUUCUGGUUGGUGGAUGUGCAGGAACACGUUAUGGAUGUUGUGAGGAUGGAUUAACUUCAGCUCUGGGAGAAAGCAGACAAGGCUGUCCUGAAAAUGAACCAGUUUUUGUUGGUGGAUGUGCAGGAACACGUUAUGGAUGUUGUGAGGAUGGAUUAACUUCAGCUCUGGGUGAAAGCAGACAAGGCUGUCCUGAAAAUGAACCAGUUUUUGUUGGUGGAUGUGCAGGAACACGUUAUGGAUGUUGUGAGGAUGGAUUAACAUCAGCUCUAGGAGAAAGCAGACAAGGCUGUCCUGAAAAUGAACCAGUUUUUGUUGGUGGAUGUGCAGGAACACGUUAUGGAUGUUGUGAGGAUGGAUUAACUUCAGCUCUGGGAGAAAGCAGACAAGGCUGUCCUGAAAAUGAACCAGUUUUUGUUGGUGGAUGUGCAGGAACACGUUAUGGCUGCUGUGAGGAUGGUGUUACAUCUGCCCUUGGAGAAAACAGAUAUGGAUGCCCUGAAGCAGCAAAACCACAACCUCUAUUACCAUCUGCAAUACUGGAAGAAUGCAGUGAAACCCGCUUUGGCUGUUGUGCUGAUGGUCUUACAUCAGCUCGUGGGGAGAACAGAUAUGGUUGUCCGGAGACCCUUAUAACUUCAGAUGUGUGUAGACUGGACAGUGAGCGAGGCACAUGUUCUGAUUAUACUGUCAGAUGGUUUUAUAAUAAUGAGGAUUCCCGUUGUGACCGGUUUUGGUAUGGAGGCUGCGAUGGAAAUGGAAAUAAUUUUGCAGAUGAGGAGGAGUGUAAAGCUGCAUGUGUCAAUGCACCAGUGGUUAAACCAGCUGUUAGGGAGGAAUACAAGCCUGGGCAGUGUCCACCUGUUGCCCAUGAUCGUACUGGCUCCUGUGAUAAUGAGUGCCAGUCAGAUUAUGACUGUCAGGGAGCCCAGAAAUGUUGCACAAGUGUUAGUGGGUGUGGUCGAUCCUGUCGGAGUCCCCAUGGAGAGAGAGAGGAGUUUAAACCUGGUUCUUGCAAAGUAGUUCCUCUUGGUAGGAUGGGUGCCUGUGUAGAGGAAUGUCGAUCUGACUAUGAGUGUCAUGCAGAUCAGAAGUGCUGCAGUAACGGAUGUGGCCACACUUGUCAGGAUAUACAAUAUGACCCUCCCGAAUUUAAGGAAGGAGAGUGUCCAAUUCUGCGAUUAGGUGAAGUUGGUACAUGUGGGUAUGAAUGUCAGACAGACUAUCAGUGUGCUAGUACGCAGAAGUGCUGCUACAAUGGAUGUGGGUAUUCCUGUUCCCAAGUCCAGGAUGACAGAGGUAGAGCGCCGAUGUCUGCCCCACGUGACCUCACUCCUGUGUCUGUUGAUGGUAAUGCUCGUGCUGUCACCCUGAAUUGGCAGCCACCUGAGGAUACCAGUGGACAGAUUGAACGCUACAUGUUGUAUUACACAACUAAUUCUCGUGAGGAUGAAAAUGCUUGGAACCGACAAGAAAUGAUGGGAGAUCAGCUUACCAGCACUGUCAACGGUCUUGUUCCUGACACUCUGUACUACUUCAAGAUCCGUGCCAGCAACCGUGAGGGCAUGGGGCCAGCUUCUAAGCUGGUGUUCUAUACCACACCCAAUGAGGUGAAGGCUGUUACCAGUCCAUUGUGCGAGCGAGAAGCAUUUAGAGGAAGCUGCUCCAACUAUGUUGUACGGUGGAACUACAACACAGACGAGGCCCGAUGUAAACGUUUCUGGUAUGGAGGCUGCGACAGCAAUGGAAAUAACUUUGAAACUGAGGCGGAAUGUUUACAGACAUGUAAAACACCUGUAAAGGUAGAAGACGUGUGUGCAUUGCCCUCGGUGACGGGUAGAUGUCGUGCUGCUCACAGGCGCUACUUCUUCAAUACUGCCACAGGAUCAUGUGAGCAGUUUAUCUAUGGAGGAUGUAAUGGCAAUGCUAACCGAUUCAGAACUCGGGAGGAGUGUGUGGAACGUUGUGGGGGCAAAGUUGCAGAUGAAGAUAGACGUCUAUGUAAAUUCUCCCAGCAUGGCUGUUGUAGAGAUGGGCUAACACCUGCUGAUGGUCCAGACUACUACGGCUGUCCUGAUCACUGUGUGAGGAGUGAAUUUGGAUGCUGUGAGGAUCAAGUUACAGCAGCUACAGGUCCCAAUGAAGAAGGUUGCGACAGCGUGGAUGAAGGCUCUGGAGACAUGGACACGGACAAUGACUGUCGUGAGAACGUCCAUGGCUGCUGCCCUGACGGAACUCCUGCCAGUGGACCAAAUAAUGAAGGCUGUGAUAGAGAUGCUGAAAAUGUUGAAAUUCCCUCAGGAGAUUCGUGUAACAAACCUAGCGAGAGAGGCCCCUGCUCAGAUUAUGUUGUGAAAUGGUUCCAUAACUCUGACUCAAAGAGAUGUGAGAGAUUCUGGUAUGGAGGAUGUCAAGGAAAUGGAAACCAGUUUGACAAUGAGGAGGAAUGCACAAAAACAUGUGUAGAAAAAACUCAAGACAUUAACUUGCCUUGUAAACUUCCCAAAGAUGUUGGACCAUGUCGAGCACUUGUACCAAGGUUUUACUUCAACCAGGAGACUGAGCGAUGUGAACGAUUCGGAUACGGAGGCUGUCAGGGGAACGCCAACAACUUUGCUACUAUUGAUAUGUGUCGACAGACUUGUGAAGAGAUUAUAGUGGAGGAACUUGACACCUGCCAACAGCCCAUGGAAAUUGGACCAUGUCGUGGAAACUACCCACGGUUUUACUACAACAGCAGGACACGCGAGUGUACACAAUUUAAUUAUGGAGGAUGUGAUGGAAACGAGAACAAUUUUGCCACCCGUGAGAAAUGUGUGCAGCGUUGUGCUCCUAAUGUGAUUCCAUCAGUAACAGAUGCCCCUGUAGUGCCACAGGAAGAAAAAGAUGUCUGUCUUCUUUCGUAUGAAACUGGACCCUGUUCUGGAGCAGAAACCAGAUGGUAUUACGAUUUCAAUGAGGGAUUCUGUAAACAGUUUGUGUAUGGAGGCUGUGGACAAAAUGAAAACAAUUUUGCCUCAAAGGAGGAAUGUGAAAACACCUGUAGUCGAGAGCAUGUAUGUGGAAGUGGUGAGUCCAACUCCCCUAUACAAUGUAAUGCUUACAUCCGGCGUUACCGUUACAACCGUGUGAGUGCAACUUGUCAGGAAUUUAUCUACGGGGGAUGUGGAGGAAACUCUAACAAUUUUGUCUCUCAAGAAGCUUGUCAGCGCAAGUGUAUUACUGGUGGAUCAGUAACACGUCCCAUGUCACAGAAAGAAAUCUGUGCUCUGCCAAAGGAAAGUGGCCCAUGUUUUGCUUAUAUGAGGCGUUACUUCUUCAACUCUAACACGGGAUCCUGUGAGCAGUUUAUCUAUGGUGGAUGUAGUGGCAAUCAGAACAAUUUCGAAAAUAUAGAAACCUGUCAGGAGAAGUGUGCAGAGGACACUGUUGAUGGAUCAGGGGAGGUCGAAACAGACAGCUCAGAUUACUGUGGCCUAAAGAUGGAUACAGGACCGUGCCGUGCCAGUAUCCCUGCCUGGUACUACAGUCAUAUAGAAGGCCGCUGUAAAGAGUUUUUGUAUGGAGGAUGUGGGGGCAAUAAAAACCGAUUCAUUUCACGAGAUGUAUGCGAAGCAUCCUGUAACCGUGAGGCUGUGUGUAUGCUACAACCAGACAAGGGUAACUGUGUUCAGAGUGUACAGCGUUACUACUAUGAUGUAUCCCAGGAUGCUUGUGUCAGUCUAGACUAUGGUGGCUGUGGUGGAAAUGCUAACAACUUUGAAUCCCGUGUAGCUUGUGUUAGCAAAUGUGGAGGUUCCUAUGCAACUGCAAGUCCACACAGUGAUGAUGUUUGUUCCAUGGACAACGAGAGAGGUCCUUGCCAGGACUAUACUGUGCAGUGGUUCUACAAUCGAGAUGAAAGGGUAUGUGGUCGCUUCUGGUACGGUGGCUGUGAUGGCAAUGGGAACCGCUUCAACACUGAGGAAGAGUGUAAGCAGAGAUGCAGUGUAGAAGUGGUCACAGCUCGGCCACAUCCAACUUAUGCCCCAGUCACAGCACAGCCAACUUAUGCUCCUGUCACUACCUCCAGGCCAGACCCUGUGUACACUCCCAGACCAGCUUACAGCACUCCGGAUCCAGACACCAAUGUGAUUGAUGAGUAUGACAUCUGUGACCUUGACAAGGAACGAGGAAGAUGCAGUAACUACACUGUCAGGUGGUACUACAAUAAUGAAGACCAGAGGUGUAUGAGGUUCUGGUACGGGGGCUGUGAUGGUAAUGCCAACAACUUCGGAGAUGAGGCAGAGUGUCAGAAUAUCUGUGUGGAGCGACGUAGGCCAGUGGUCACUCGACCUCCAGUGACCCCUCGACCUGACAGGGGUCGCGGGAACUGCCGCUUAUCACGUUUUGGGUGUUGUCCGGAUGGAGUCCUCCCAGCUGCCGACAGCUACUUCAGCAACUGUAGAGAUCCCAGUGCAGGCUCUGAGGAGACCGACCUUAUUGAUGGCGACUAUACCUCCAUCAUAGAACAGCCAGGACAGGAUGUGUUACUGCCGUGCGCUGGCUACAAACCGGGAACAAACACAGGCACCAUAGCUUGGUACAGGGAUGCAUUCCUGGUGUCUGAUGACAGACGUUACGUAAACUACCUGAAUGGUUCCCUCCUCAUACGCAGCCUCUCCAGCCAGGACUCAGGGGUGUAUGCUUGUCGUGUCACCAAUGGCAACGUUCUGCCAUAUAUAGAGAGAUAUCGAUUACAGGUUGAAGUGGCAAUAGGAAUCUUCCCUACACCAGCCAAGAUUGUGGUUAAGCCUGGAGGCAACGCUUUUCUUCACUGCCAGGCAUAUGGCACACCUCGACCUUCUGUGUCCUGGACCCAGGGAGGGACCCCUGUCCGGUCAGUGGGUAGGUUUGCUGUGUUUGACAAUGGCACUCUGAUCAUCUCCCAAGUGAAUGUCCAGGAUACCGGGGACUAUGUGUGUAUGGCAACUAAUGGAGUGUCAACACCUGCACAGCGCAUCAUGAUGUUAGCAAUUAGAGAAUCACUGAAAGUAGCUAUUGACGAAGUUCAUAACAAGAAACCAAGGGAAGGUGAUCGGCUUUACCUGACCUGUCGAGGGUAUGGCUACCCACAGCCAACCUUGACAUGGGAGAAACUUGGGCGUUCCUUACAGAAUGGGCCUGGAGUGUUUGUGAGGGGAGGGGACCUACGUAUCACCAACCUCACCUUAGAUGACACAGGGUUGUAUACCUGUAUUGCUACCAACAAUGAAGAGAAGGUCGAGGAUGAUAUAUCUAUUCAAGUCUUGCAGAGAGAUGCCACACUGCCUGACUGUAAAGACCGCGCUCCACUGUUGAAGUGUCGUCUAAUUGUGACAGCAAUGUUAUGUAACUACAGUAUAUACUCCAAUCAAUGUUGUGCAAGCUGUGAGCGAGAAAGGUCACGGCUGAUAGGCUAAUAUAUCUACCAAUAAUACUCUACAACACAUACAUUACACGAACAGCUACUGAGGCCGCACACUGUGGAUCACAGUGACCUAUAUUGACUAUUCGGUCCUGUCUGCUCAAUCUUAGGCUGACAACAAGCCAUCAGAAUAGAGAGGUUGACAGUAUUCUAACAAACCAAAGAUGUUUAUUUGGAGCCUUCAGUCCCUUGUUCGAGGCAGCAGGAAGGUCAUAGUAAGAUAACUCUAUUCCUGUUGGGAACAACAUUCUACCAGGAUGUUCACAAUAGAGCUGUAUACUUGGUGUUGUUGAACAGAGUCCCAUCAACAUAAUAUUUUUAAAUUCAGUGCUUGUAAGUUUGUAGAUAACAUUUUGUACUUCAUAUCUGUAGCUCACAGUAACAGUUAUGCCUGAUUUUGGGUAUAAGAUCUGUCUUUGUUACUUUUCAGUAAAAUAUGAUCAUCUGUCUGACAUUUCAACAUAUAUCGUCUUGAAAUUGUAUUUUAUAUAUAUUAACUAGUCUUUAUUCAUAUGUUAACACUCCAUCUAAAUGGUAGCCUGCUUUAUUUUCACUGCUAGUUAUAAUUCACUUGAGUCAAUCAUAUAUCACUGUUUUGUUCUCAAAAUAGACAUUAUUCAUGGUAACUUAAUGGACUUACUUAAAUUCGGAAUUUAGCCGAGAAUUAGCAGAGUUAACAGAUGUAUACGAGUGCCUGAGAUAUAACUGCCUUGUGGGUAGCCAUGCCUGUCUUAUAUAUAUACUGUUUAGAACUAAUUCACUUAAAUAGGUAAUAAAACAAUUGUGAAUAUUGUCAAAAAUGUAUGAUAUUGAUGGAAAACAUUACCUUUGUCUGCUGUGUUAAAUAUGUUUGUAUGUAAUGAUAUGCAAUUGGUUUUGAGUAAACAAAGAAAACAAAUGAUAUGUAAUAUAUAAUCUAAAAUUUGUAUCUCUACCAUGAACACACAGCUAUUGAAAACUGUGUUAACCAUGUACCCACAGCUGUGUAAGUCUGCUGUGUUAACCAUGUACCCACAGCUGUGUAAGUCUGCUGUGUUAACCAUGUACCCACAGCUGUGUAAGUCUGCUGUGUUAACCAUGUACCCACAGCUGUGUAAGUCUGCUGUGUUAACCAUGUACCCACAGCUGUGUAAGUCUGCUGUUAACCAUGUACCCACAGCUGUGUAAGUCUGCUGUUAACCAUGUACCCACAGCUGUGUAAGUCUGCUGUUAACCAUGUACCCACAGCUGUGUAAGUCUGCUGUCAACCAUGUACCCACAGCUGUGUAAGUCUGUUGUCAACCAUGUACCCACAGCUGUGUAAGUCUGCUGUUAACCAGGUACACACAGUGUGUAAGUCUGCUGUUAACCAUGUACACACAGCUGUGUAAGUCUGCUGUUAACCAGGUACACACAGCUGUGUAAGUCUGCUGUUAACCAGGUACACACAGCUGUUGAAAUCUGUAGUAUUAACCAUUUACACGUAGCUAUUGAAAUCUUCUACAUUGUAUGUUAACUAUCUACACACAGCUUUGUAUUCACAUUGUGUGGUGCCAGUUCCAUGUGUGUUGGCGUGACUGCUUUUGCCUUAUAUAUACAGAUUCUAAUUACAUCAACAUACAAAAUACCUCAUACACCCUGAUGAUAUAUAAUUCCAUCUGAUCUGCUUGUUAUAGAUUAAUAAACAAACACCAAAGACUCCAUAUUUUUUCACAUAUGUUUCAGUACUAACAAUUGACUGAUAAAGGUCCUCUGUAAAUCUUGUACAUAUUUCAUGAACAAGUAAGGCAGAGGUCAAACUUGUGAAGGUCAGUGCCUAUUAAAAUUAUCUGUACAAGUUGUAUUUAUAAUGUUGUUUAUUCAUUAUGCAAUAAGACCCUACAUGUGUCAUGGGGCAAUUCAUUUACAGCAGUAUACAGCCAGUACAAUGGCUAAGAGAGAUGGCCUCAAAAUUAGUGAGGGAUUGUUAGUUCAGAAUUUGUGAGGGAUUGUUAGUUCAGGGUUAGUGUCGUACAGCAGUAUAGCCAGGACAAAGACUGACAGGAUUGGCCACAGAAUUUGUGAAGGAUUGUUAGUUCAGGGUUAGUGUCGUACAGCAAUAUAGCCAGGACAAAACUAACAGAGAUGGCCUCAGAAUUUGUGAGGGAUUGUUAGUUCAGGGUUAGUGUCAUACAGCAGUAUAGCCAGGAUAAGAGAGAGAUGGCCUCAGAAUUUGUGAGGGAUUGUUAGUUCAGGGAUAGUGCCUUACAGCAGUAUAGCCAGGACAAGACAGAGAUGACCUCGGAAUUUGUGAGGGAUUGUUAGUUCAGGGUUAAUGUCGUACAGCAAUAUAGCCAGGACAAAACUAACAGAGAUGGCCUCAGAAUUUGUGAGGGAUUGUUAGUUCAGGGUUAGUGUCGUACAGCAAUAUAGCCAGGACAAAACUAACAGAGAUGGCCUCAGAAUUUGUGAGGGAUUGUUAGUUCAGGGUUAGUGUCAUACAGCAGUAUAGCCAGGAUAAGACAGAGAUGGCCUCAGAAUUUGUGAGGGAUUGUUAGUUCAGGGAUAGUGCCUUACAGCAGUAUAGCCAGGACAAGACAGAGAUGACCUGGGAAUUUGUGAGGGAUUGUUAGUUCAGGGUUAAUGUCUAUGUAACAAGCCAGUGAUGUUAUUAUGAAUAUAUUGAUGAUGUGUAUUCUAUUUUAGGUUUUACAACAGGAGAUCAAUCGUCUCUAUUUUAUACAGUAAUUUUGCAAAAAAUAACAAUGAUGAAUUUAGAAGUAGACUAUAACAUACAAAGAUCAACACACUUUGUAUGAGGUAUUAUUUCAAUUCAUCAACCAUCAUUAAUGGAAAAACACUGUAUUACCUUAUGGAUCUACAUUAGGAGGAUGGUGAUUUAAAAUGGAGAUGGGGCAUGGUUGAGUAGACCCUGGUUACACAUUACCCUAUAUCUCUAAAGAAAUCUCACUAUUCAUAAUACCUCCACACAUUCUUACUUCUGCUCUUUUUGGUCUCCAGGAAUGUGUAAAGUAAGAGUUAUCUCCCCUGAGAUACAGUUGUAUUUAGAUAAUCACUACUAAGACGUGUUCUGUAGGUCAUCAUUUCCUUUAUAUAUUUGUACCAAUAUACCAGUGUAUAUAUUAUAAAUAAACUUUUCUACUUUACUAGGAUAAAUAAUUACUGUUUCUUCCCAUAUCCAUAUAUAAAACAUUUAAUAUGUUGUGUAAAUGUAUUUAAGUCAUUUUAUAAAAAUAUUAAAAUGAUGACAAAAAUAAAAGCUGUAUUAUUAUCUAUA